AUGAUAAAAGAUAAUUCAUUUGAAGAAAAUGUUAAACAAUGGAAUGCUCGAACAGCUAGUAUUGUACCACAUGAUUAUAUUUAUUAUGGAAAAUGUUUUAUUGGAGGUGCUCUUGCAUGUGGUUCAACACAUUUAAUAAUAACACCUCUUGAUGUAACCAAAUGUAACAUGCAGGUUGAUCCAAUGAAAUAUCGAAAUUUGUUAAGUAGUCUUCGAACAAUAAUACAUGAAGAAGGUAGUCGAGCUAUAUGGAAAGGAUGGGAACCUACUUUAUUAGGUUAUUCUCCACAAGGUGCUCUGAAAUUUGGUCUUUAUGAAGUAUUUAAAGAUAUAUUAUCAAAUAUAGUUGGUUAUGAAAAUUCUCAAAAAUAUCGUGGAUUAAUUUGGCUUAGUGGAGCUGCAGGAUCAGAAUUUUGUGGUUGUAUUGCUUUAUGUCCUAUGGAAAUGGUUAAAGUUAAAGUUCAAACAAGUGUCCCAGGUACAUUUCCAACAGGAUUAAUACCAGCUACUAUUCAAAUGAAUAUAAAUAGAAAUAUAACUAGAUUUCCAUAUGGAUCUAUUAUACCUUUAUGGUCAAGACAAAUUCCAUAUACAGUUACGAAAUUUUAUUUUUUUGAAAAGACUGUUCAAAUGUUGUAUACUCACGUAUUUACAAAAGAAAAAUCAACUUAUUCGAAAAGUACUCAAUUAGGAAUAACAUUUGCUGCUGGUUAUUUAGCUGGAAUAAUUUGUGCUAUUGUAUCUCAUCCAGGUGAUUCAAUUGUUUCAUUAAUGGCUAAACCAUAUUAUAAAGAUAAAUCAAUUAAACAAAUAGCAAAAGAUUUUGGUAUUAUUAAUUUAUGUACAAAAGGUCUUGGAACAAGAAUUCUUAUGAUUGGAACAAUAGCUGCUCUUCAAUGGUGGAUUUAUGAUACAUUUAAAACAACUAUGGGGAUGGGUACAACUGGAGGAAAAUAA